CAGUGGUGAUGGUUGUGACAAUACUUGUCAUUGUGAUAGUGGUCAUCAAAAGAAGAAAACAUGCCCAGUCCGAGUCCAAGGAGAGGGGGGCUUUCAACAACCCUAGUUACACAGAAAACAUCAGGGCAGUGAGCGUGCGUGACGCUAUAUACUCAGAACCAAACGACGACUACAUGCCUCGUGAGGGCGGUGAUCAUCCACAUCAGACCACUUGUUCUGAGAUGAAUGCGGAACACUAUUACCAAAAACUGCAGUAUUCCAAUCAGAGCCAAGAAGAAAAUAUCUACGCGCAGAUUGUCGCCGAUGAAGAUAUCGCCGAGUCUUACAUUGAUUUCAGUGCUUAAAUUGACAUGCCAGUCGGACAUCCGCAAAACUGUGAAAACAGCGUUUUUAAUUAAAUUAAUAGGAAAAGUUGAUGUUGUGACAAGCUACAAGGAAAACAAACGACAAAACAUUUACAUAAUGUAUUCCAUGUUUCAUUGUAUUUUAUCAUGAUAUAUACACAGCUUUUCCCGGCGGUGUUUUAGAGUGUACUUCCACGCUAUUUACUAUUGGUAUGUUAGUGCUAAAACUGAAGACAAAAACAGACUCGACUGGGUUAUGAAAACUUUCCUACCAGUGGCGGA